CACGCUAAGAACACGAUGACCAAGCACACUAACCUAAACCUGAACAUAAAGCCUGGCUGGAAAAUCGGUAUAGCGGGAAGAACCGAGGCUGGGAAAUCCUGGCUGAUCUCAGCGCUGUUUCAUCUCACCGGAAAUGGACUGGAGGGAGAAAUUCUGCUGGACGGGAUCGACGCGAAGUUGAUUGGACUACGCGAGUUGCGACCCCGGAUUUCGAUCAUCCCUCAGGAGCCGAUUCUGUUCUCAACGAUUCUCCGUUACAACCCGGAUCCUUUCGACCAGUAUUCGGACACCCAGCUUUGGAACAGUCUGCGCGAAGUAGAACUUGGGAAUGCGGUAUCGUCCCUGGAAUUUCAGCUCGGCUACUAUACCCAAACGGGUUGCCGUCGUGCAGUUCUCAUCCUGGAUUGUUGGAAGGUGAACGUGAUCGGACGCCGGUUUCCUGGUUACAUCUUUACUAGUAUCCAAACCGAGGAAUCAGCCGACGCGGUUCGCAUCCAGGAGCUUCACGACCCGAUAAACAAGAAUAGCGAGAGGCUGCCCGAAGACGAUUUCGAGAGGAUCAAGAUCGAGAGGGUGCGACCCAGCUAUCCUGAGGACUUUAAUCACCACAGACUGACAUCCAACCUCGUUGGAACGCGGAACUCAGACAAACCGAUUGGAAGCUCCGUAGAUGACACGGAGUACAGAAACGCGCUGAAGAACAUCGAUGCAGAGGGCUUAGUGAUCGGUGGUGAAACUGAUAAACCGUCGCUGUUUUCGCCGCAAAUCGAAUUCAGAAGUGAAGACCAAGAGGCAGGGAAUUUUGGACCAAGCAGAAACGGUAGAAGAAUGCCGGAGCCGAAGAUCGAAAAUGAGCCCGACGAUGAAGAGGUGGCACUUGACCUGAGCGAACCGCCAGAAGAGGUGAUGGAAUAUGCGAGAACCCAACUCGGGGAAACGGACGAGGUCAAAUGCCUGACGAUUGAUGAACUCCGGGACAUGAUUUACGAGAGAGGGGAGUGCACGCCACAUCGGAUGGACGAUGCGUUUUUGAUCAGGUUUCUUCGGGCACGUCGCUUCAACGUAAACAAGGCGCAUAGGCUGGUGGUAAACUACUACAACUUCAAGGAUGACCAUCCGGAUAUUCACCGUGGUCUGAAUCCCUUGGAAAUGCGGCACAUUGGCGACGAUGACAUAAUGACGGUGCCUGCCUACCGGACGCAGUGCGGUCGACGGAUGAUGAUAUUCAGGAUCGGGAACUGGGACCCCAGGAAGUACUCUAUAAUCGAGAUUUUCAAGGCGACGGUGGUAGUUCUGGAGCUUGGCGUACUGGAACCAAGAGCCCAGAUCCUCGGUGGUGUCGUUAUAUUCGAUUUGGAAGGUCUGGCAAUGGCUCACGCAUGGACAGUGACGCCGCAGAUAGCGAGCAUGGUUUUGGCCCUGAUGGUGACUUCAUUUCCCAUAAAGUCCCACGCCAUUCACAUCCUGCAUCAGUCCUGGGUGUUCGACGCUAUAUUCGCGGUCUUUAAGCCACUCCUGGACGCCAGGAUGAGGGACAAGAUCUUCUUUCACGGGUCGGACAUGGAAAGUCUGCAUAGACACGUGGUCCCAACAUCACUGCCGAAAAAAUACGGUGGUACCAGAAACGAACUUCCCUACUACAAAUGGAUCGACUCGCUGAGCAAGAACCCGACGAUUGUUAAGGAGAUGCAGCUGCUUGGCUACAUUGCGUCUGAGGAAAUAAUAAAGAAUCUCGAGACGUAGCCUGCCGUCCAAGUAUAUCCUGCAAAAUCAAAAUACCCACACAUACCGUACACAUUUUUUAUGUUUAUAUACAAAUUUGGGUCAGAAACACAGCAAAUAAAUGUUGAUUGUAGCAUCCCA